AUGCCGUUCUUCUCAAAGGUAUUCAAGAACAAGGACGCUGGUGGCAAGAAGUCUUCUCUACCGGCCACCAACGGAGAUGCUCAUAAGAAACCACAAUGGUCUGAUGCAUGGCUACGCACGAGGGUUGAUCCCGAAGAGGUGGUAGAACUACUUCAUCUGUGUACCGCCGAAUUGAAAUCUCGAGCCCUCGAUGUCCCGUUUCUCCUAUUACCAUUUCGACCUUCCUCAGAUCCGUCCGCGGCGCGCACGUUCAUACGCAACUUCUUCCUCCCUCCCCAAGAUCGAUCUCGGCUGGCGGGUAUCCUCUUGGAGAAUGAACUCCGCAUGACCGAGGUGAUGGUCUUGAUCAGUGUGAUGAAAUGGUGUUGGGCGCGACUCCCUGGAGGCGUUGUGACCUGGGAAGUCUAUGAGGGUUUCAGAGUCGGGGAAAAGGACUCUAACUUGGCCCGCGAUGCCUUUAGCACUUUCGUCCCCAUCAGCGCAGAUUCUCCCACUCGUGUGCAAAUCAUCCAAGACUUCUUUGACUUACUCGCAGCUGUGGCAGCGCAUGGAAAAGUCAAUGGGCUUGGAGGUCACAAACUCUCCAGGUACGCCGGCUGGUGGGCAUUUGAACAAUACGACAGUGGUAAAGGAUUCGAGUCCGGCUAUAAAUCAUGGGCCAGUGCUGCUGAUGCUGCUUCACAUCUUUUCUUCGCCUAUCUACGGUCCUUGUCCAGCAGUGGAAAGAAUUCUGGCAUACUCACACUUCCCAGAUCCUUGCAACAAUUGCUUGAUUCCACCAGCUACCCGCCAAGGAAUGGUCUGCUAACAAAUGACACCACCAAAGUGGUGAUGAUCGUAGAUGUUGUAUCCCCGACACCUUACGCCUUGCUCCGAAGAGCGAAGAACUUCCACUACCGGGACGAUGAUCAUAGUCUGCAGCAAUUCGCAAGUUAUGAGGACCCAGUUGGCGCUCUCACUGAUGAAUGUCGACGUGUGCUGAAAGCAAUCUCGUCUGCAAACCAGUCGCAUGUCUCCAACGCGAACACCUCCACCAGCCUCACAGACCCGUCGUGGUCCAGAUUCGAAGACAUUGGGUUUGGAAGCUCGGUGGACGAUGAUGAAGAUGGGGACGGUCUACUGGGGCGCAAGCGCAUUGUCACGAACAAAACCCAUCCGGCGUCUCACGGAGGCUAUCAGGACCUUGCUCGACCAACUACUCCCUCAUGGGCGGAUUUCCUUUCCUCUGGCUUUACAGAUGAGAACGGCAAUAGAACUCAUGUACCGAUGCUCCUUCCGCCCGAUAAGAUUCUACCGCCAAUCAACUCCAGCCUGCCCAGAGGACAGAGCUCUCAGUCACACCGAAGAAACUUGGACAUGCAACAGAAUCUGGAUCCGGGUGAACUUGCAAGCAUCACUAGGGUUAGCGUCGAUGAUUCAUUUUGGUGGGUUUGGAUAAGUAGUCUUGCCUCCGAAGAACCUACGAGUCGAAAGGCGGUCUUCGGUCGAUGUGCUUUGAUCGAGACUAUAAUUCACGAUGGACAAUGGAUGGUCAUGGAGGAGCAAGUGAAAGGCGCCGCCCCUGAACCAGCUGCGGGUGCUUAUAUCGCCGAGAAGAAGACAUUCCUCGGCUUUACGACCAAACGUGGUCGCCUGACUCGUCGCAGAUCGGGGACGAAGAAAAGUCCCCUAUCUCCUGAGCCUCAGUUGGGAACCAACAACCGUGCGACACUGGCGCCAGAUCAGCAUGCUAAGAUCCAACAGGCCGCUGCUGAACUUUCGAAAAGGAAGGCUGCCGAGGAUAGAGAACAGGAUUCUGCACUGGCAACACGUCGUGGCAGGCAGCCAAACACAAUUCCGGCUUCCCGGACCAACAGCGUCUUCACUGUCGGUCCUCUUAUCAAAGACGAGGCUUCUCCAGCCUUACAGUGGGCCAGUCAAUAUGACAAGAAAGCCAUCCGAGCUAAGUAUUUGGGUGAUACACUAGCUGGCAAAGGUUCACGGGAAUUACUCACACUGCCGUCAAAUGGUGUAGGACUCAACCGGUCUGCAUCAACACUCUCUGUUGUGAGCCGAAACAAGGAUCUUCCAUCACCACCAGAGAACAGGUCAAAACGCCAUCUACCUGAAAGAAGUCAAUCGGCGGAACGACCCGCCGUUCAUCCACUUCCUGAGUCAGCACCUCUACCUCUUGUGCCAACAGAGCCUGCUGACGCACAUGCCAUACAUGAGGCGAAUGAGGUUCCUCUGCCCCCAGAGACACCAGACCUGUCAGAACCAAAGGUUGUCAGACCCCCGCCGACCAAACUCCGCAAAUCUACUGACGGCAAGCGGACCUCACCCGAUGAAAAGAAAAAUCGAGGAAAGCAGCCUGGGCCACCACAGGCCCAGCAAAGAAGUGGAAUUCGAAGACUGUUUGGAAGAUCCAAGCCACAAGAAGUCAAAGUACCAGAAUUGGUGGCGCCUGCAGGUGUUAAAGAGGAAGAAGAUGAUGUAGCUAUCCUUGCCGCAAGACGUGCACUGGAAGGCGAGCCCGCAGACCCAUCGGCAAAUCCAACGUCUCCUCCUUUAUCACCAGCACACUUCCACCGCCUCGCAACAGUUCCUACUGGUGCGCAGAAACCUGAGCCACCUCAGACCCCACCCAUGGCCGCUUCAACACCUCAUGAUUCUGCACCUAUUCCGGAGGAGGAUGAAGAUCUAGAUCUGCAUCGAGAGCCAACACGACAAGCACCAGCACCUCCUCGAACACAUAGAGAGGAAGAGUACGAUCAAUUGUCGAGAGUUGAUACAAACGAACGGGAACACGCCGAUCGCGAGUUUUCGACAUUUGACCAAGGCCCGUUGCUUGAUCAGCCGGCCUUUGUUGCUCCAGAUACCCCUCCAAGAAGUGCCUUUUUGACUCCAGCUGAAGAGCUUCCACAACAUCCAAUCAGUAUCCAUUCCGGACGAUCGUAUCAAAAAUCAGAGAAUUCCAGGAUUGAAGAGGAAGAUGAGGAAGCAACGGAAGUACAGCAACAAAUCAAUCCUCAGGAUCGAUGGGCACAAAUUCGCAAAAAUGCGGCAGAGAGAGCAGCUCGACAAGAAGAGCCAACAACACGCAGCCGGACGGAGACGAGAACCGAUGAUGGUGAUACAAGCGGAGAAGAGACCAUCGAAUCCCGCGUUGCACGAAUCAAGGCUCGCGUUGCUGAACUCACUGGCAACAUGGACGGUGCCAGAAGAUGA